AUGGAUUUCCCCCUCUUUGGCGAAUUGCCUCCAGAAAUUCGAGCUGAGAUCUGGAAGCUGUCACUUCCUGAAGUCGAGUCAGAAGUUUGCAUCGUUCCGUCGACAUGCGACACACCACAGUCGUUGCUGGUGUACACUGCCUUUCCGGUGCUGAUGCAUGUUUGCCGCGAGUCUCGCCAAUUCGUCCAGAACUCUAGACUGAGUGGAAUUCAUCUUAUGCGUCCGCGCUCGGCCAUUGACACGACUGAUUUUCCUGUGCCGUUUCGAUCUUAUCAGCCGGAAUUGGAUACCCUGUUCUGCCAGAACCAAGGUCCGGCAUCUUUGGAAGACAUUGCCAGUGAAGACGCUUUCGAACACGUCAUUCAAGAGACAAGGCAUCUGGCUAUCCCAGGCGAGAAAGAAUUCUUGGAUCUGGUAGCCUGGGUACUCACAUUCUACUUUCCGAAACUGGAGACUCUGUCAGUGGUUGUCGGAGACAUCUCAAAUGGCUCUUGCUUUGGCUCCUACCUCAAUGCACCAAAGACACGCUGCAAGCUGCGCCGGAUAUCUGCGGCAGAUACACAGAUAUGCAACAUCGAUGUAAGAGAUCUUGACGGAACCGAAACCUUGGACCCGUCGCACCUGUCGAGAUGCAUGACGGAGUACACACAAGAGCUCGAAAAGAUCAUCGAGGAGUGUUUCAACGACAUGGACAGAACGUUACGAAGAGCUCAUCGCUGGUGGAAUCGUGAAUUGAAGACUUUCAAGAGAGUCCAAUAUUUGACCCAGACUUUUGUUCAGUACGAAGCAGGAAGUACAUUCCGGUUGGAAACCACAUUCUCGUAG